CGGACCGAGCGUUCUGCCCGGGACGCGUGCAAAGGCAGACUCUGGCCCUACCUUUUACUUGGGUACCCGAACAUAUCUAUAGGGAUGCCUCCAAAGCACGCCAAGCAGCGUCGCAGCACAACCUCGCAGUACAAAAUCCCUGCUACCUUUGCUCACGAUAUCGAGAACGCAGAAGGAUGGAACGCGAUCGUCGAGUUUCUUUGCGGAUACUUCGACCUCCCAGAUCUGACCACGCGCAGCGGGCUGAAAAAGGCACACGCGCGCUUCAACGAGAUUUCCAAGAAGCUCGAUGCUGCCUAUACGAAGGGCGCUGGCAAUGAAAAAAUCAUGGGAGGCAUUGUGGGUAUCUGGGCCAAAAUGUCCGCAGAUGCGCUCCUACGGGACAAGCUCUUCAAAGCCGGGUUGGUCUCAAAAAUGAUGCCCUUGCUCGAUAUGUCUCCCACAAGGCAUAUUGGCCUGCAGGCUCUGUGCAACGUUACACACCACGGCGGAGUCGCAGCGAGGCAGGACAUUGCGAAACAAACUCCAGUCCUCCUGCGUAUCAUGGAAGAGUUUCCUGAUGAUGAAAAAGUCGCAGAACUGGCGAUUGUAGUCAUGAGCCAUGCCAUCGGCGCGGUCGUCGGCCAGGACGACAAGCCCGAUCCCAAGCUCCUCGAGCUCAUCGACAUGCGUGCGGUCCUCAAGGCGACCAUUGACAACUUCCGCAAGCCCAACGCUUCCGCAUUCCUCAUCAGUCACGGGCUGGGCCUCAUGACGAAUUCGACGCUGCACUGCUACAAGCAGUGCAAGGCGCUGCCACCACUGCUGUCCUUCCUCGUAGCCUGCAUGCACAGCAACGAGAUUACGAUACGGUGUAAUGCACUCGGAGGCAUCAUCCGCCUCAACUUUGUCGAGUCCGAGCGAGACAUGCGGUUCUACGACCCACGCCAGUUGAUGGAGGCCGUCCAGCGACGGUUCCCCGACGAGCUCACCGAGGUGAUGAUGGACUUUGGCUUCGAGCGCUGCGACAUCACCGUCACGCUGCGCUCGAGCGGCGACUUCCAAAAGGCGAUGCAGGCAUGCAUGCAAGAUAGGGACUUGUACAAACUUGGGAAGAAGGUCGCGGAACUCAUUGUGCGUACGGAGUUCUCCAUCGUCAACGGGAUGUACCAGGCCGUCAACGAGCGCACGGGCCAACUGGAGGUCAUAGAUGUUGGCCUGCCCUUCACGAUGUGGGCGGAUUGCUUGCCUCACUGCGCACGGGCCGUCAGGGCCAAGGGAGUUCAGAGCGACCUGGACGACGCGGAUAUCCUCGAGAUCAAAUGGUACAUCACCAAGCAGCGCAUCCCGGACGCGAUCAAGGUGGCGAAAAAGGCUCUCGAACGCAACCCGCAGUUGGCCUAUGCAUACUAUGCCAUCGGACUGGGGGCGGACAGCGAGAACGGCUUGCGCGCGGUGAAAAAGGGCCUGAAGGCCACGCAGAUCACGCCCUUCGUGCGGAACUACAUGCUCUGGCGCGCGGUAGAACACGCUGGGAAUUUGGGAGUGAACCGGUUGCAGGAGGCGACCGCCGGCGACCGAGACUACAACGAAGGGAUGGCAUUCUUGAAGUCUUCGUGCGAGGAUGCGAAGAGGUUCAUGGCGGAGGCGCCUCCGGACUCGAGGAACAUGAGCACGGUCCUUGACUGGUAUGUCAUAUGCUCGUUCGCCACGCGUGGUCCCGAGCUCAGCCCUGAUCUGCGGGAGCUGGAGGAUGCAUUCAAGAAGGUCGCGCUCGCGGACAAGAUGCAGACCUUCCUCGGCUUCCCGCCAAAGAAUACGCAGGCCAGAUUGACUCGCGAGCUCAUCGUGAAGCAAUGGCCCGUUGCGGUCAGGUCAUGGGAUAAGGUGAUUGCGCGCGUUGACACGAUGGACUUGAGCUCGCCGUCGGCGCACCGUCUGCCCACGCCCGCAAGAGCAGAAGACGACCUCGCGGCGUGGCUCGAGAACAUAAGCGUUGAUGAUGCUCCGGAAGAGGAUGGGCAUUGUGCGCACCCCAAGAUCAUCCCCACUGCCGUGGAGCUCUACCGGUGCUCGUACUGCGGCAACCCGAGCGCUGUUCUGAAGAAGUGCGGUGGCUGCGGGAAUACGAGGUACUGCGAUUCUGGAUGUCAGAAGCAGCACUGGGCCGACCACAAGCGUACAUGCAAAGGGUCUGCUUGAUCAGGCGUGCCAGAUAGUUCCUCAUGUCCAUUGUAUCAUUGUAUUUGUACGUCCAUCUUGCCCGUCGGCUGCUAGCCAUGUAUCGUUGUACGAUUUUACCAACCGGACACUGUCGAUACCUUGCAACUUCUGUGUGUACUAAUAUAUCACUUGCGGACACCCUCCGUUCCGCUCCAAUGAACCAUCUCAUCGUAUCUCCUUCGCCAUAAGGUAGGACGUUCGACCGUAACCGUAGGUACCAGUACUGACAGCUG